AUGGUAGGUGUGACGAAACGUCAUGUCUGCUCGGUCAAGCACUGUGGCUCUCGCACGCGGAGCCUCGACCCAGCGGACCACACGCGCCCGCUGUGCAAGGAGCAUGGCGGCGAAGACGCGGACGCGUCGGCGAGGCUCGUGGGCCUUCGGCAAGGGGCCCGCAACGUCCACGAAGAACAGCUUCACCAGGUCGCCGUGUUGGCUGCGUUCGUGAACGCUUCGGCGGUAAGCACAGUGGAAAAAGUCCACGGCCAGCAAACAGCGAACGCACUCUUCCAGAAGGUGGCUUCGGACCCCCAGGUCCUGAAGUUUUUACAACACGACGAGUGGACAGAGCACGCUCGUGGCGAGGCGAACUUCGCUUUGAACGCCACGGACUUGUACCUCAGGGACUUCCUCCACCACACCCAGUUCUCUGAACAACUCUUGCACCUGUUCGUCACACGGCUACACUUCAACGCGGACGGAGCCAGCAAAACCCUUUUUUCCGACUACGAGCGGAUGUUUGGACAGCCUCUGGCCGAGGGCAAGACGUUCAGUCGAGCCACCUUCCUGGAGGCUGCCCUUUCCCACAACAUCCCAAGCCACUACCCGCACUACAAGCUGCAGCUGUACAACAACGAACGCAACCGACAGCUCUCCAACGGCACCGUCGCCGACACGCACGACACGAAGAAGUACGGCUUCCAGUUGCGCGAGACCCAUGCUGGGGCUGGCCCGUCCGUGUCGGAGAUCCGCGACACGCUGCAGAACCUCCUGAGAAGCGUCACGCAGGAGGGAGACAAGGUCGAGGCUUUCUUUAAGAGCCGGAGAGACUGGUGCGACGGGGUGCUGGAGAAAUUCGAGGCGGCCGACAAUUCGUCGAAGCAGGGCCUGACCUUCCUAAACACCGACCUCAAGGAGCAUGUGGCCUCCGUGGAGGAAGCCCAGGGCACGAUCCAGCAGGUGCAGGCUGACAUCGUACUGGUGCAGCACACCCUGAACCAGACGCAGGAGAUGCACAGGGUGCUCCGGCAGGAUGAGGCCUUUGCCCAGAGCAGCGACGCGCUCCUGCAGGAACACGACCAGCUAUUGCUCGAGCUCGUCGACAACAAAAGGAGGCGGCGACGGCCAGAGGCAGACGCUGCAGUCGCUGCAGGGCGAGCUCGACGUGAUCGUGCCCGCCCUGUCGCAGCUGGAGGUCCGCGUGGUGGAGACCAAGCACCGGAUCGCCGACAGGACGGACAGCACCAGCAGCCAGCAGGACUUCGUCGCGGCGCUCAGGGCCAGCUGUGACAACGCCUCCGCGAGGCGCGAAGCAGAGGCGUCCGACCGCGACGGCGUCGCGAAGUCGAUCCAGCAGGCGCUGGACGCGCUGAGCGAGGU